GCCUACUCCAGAAGGCCCAUAGUAUUUACGGGGCCAUUUGUUUUACAGUUAUCCCACCAUGCAUCGCCUAAUCGCUAUUACUAAUAAGCCCACAACCCACUCGACAAACGAACGACGUCGUCUUGUUCGUUGUCUUUGACCGCCACCCUGGCCGGACCGGUAGGUGUGAUGCCCACCCGUCAGCUUCGAUGGUGUUCGUGGGGACGAGUAGAAAAGUAGAUUUUGUUUAGAAGAUUAAGCUCUGGUUUCUCCACAACCCUGAAUUUCACCUAGAUUCGAGUUUUACUUCUCAUAGUCCAUGCCUUCUGAUUCGAAUUUGUCAUCCUCCAGUUCCUCCGCCAACGGGGAUGAUCGAAGCCCUAAUUCCGAUACUAGCCCGGACCCUAACCCGAAUCCGGACUCCAUUGACCAGUCACUCGACGCGAUUGAGAGCCAAUUGGCCUCAAUCUCCAUGUCCUCUCGUUCCCCGACGGCGACGCUGAACGAUGAGGACGCUGUGGAAGAAGAAGAGCAAUCGCAGGGGGAGCCAACGAUGGGGCAUGGACCGUUGAAUGAAGAGAUUAAAACGGAAGGAGCAGCUGAUGAUAAGCUUAUUGAAAGUAAUUGGAACGCAGAGGCUUCAGGAUCAGGAGGGAUUGACGAGGGUUCUUCCUCUUCUGUGUGGAGGAAUGUUUUGGAGGCAGAGGAACUUGAGCGGCCGUUGAGUCCGAGCAGUAGUGGCUAUGCCGGCGAGAUGGGCAGCACCAGCGGCGAUGAUGAAAAAAAUGAUGAUGACGAGGACGAUGAAGGUGGUAAUGAGAUUCCAAAGGUGCAAAACAAUGGACAUUUGGGAUCCCAUGCACAGUGGGUUUCGGGUAAACGUCACCCUGAUGAGGAUGAUGCUUCAGUUUCUUGGAGGAAAAGGAAGAAACACUUCUUUAUUCUGAGUAACUCCGGGAAACCUAUCUAUUCCAGAUAUGGGGAUGAACACAAGCUAGCUGGGUUCUCUGCAACUUUGCAAGCCAUCAUUUCGUUUGUCGAAAAUGGGGGUGAUCGGGUCAAAUUGGUGCGAGCUGGUAAACACCAGGUAGUUUUUCUUGUUAAAGGACCAAUUUACUUGGUCUGCAUAAGUUGCACAGAAGAGGCUUAUGAAUCAUUAAGGGGACAGCUGGAACUCCUAUAUGGUCAGAUGAUACUUAUCCUAACAAAGUCUGUCAAUCGAUGCUUUGAGAGGAAUCCCAAGUUUGAUAUGACGUCUCUGCUUGGAGGAACGGAUGUGGUCUUCUCUUCUCUCAUCCAUUCAUUCAGUUGGAAUCCUGCUACUUAUCUUCACGCUUAUUCAUGUCUUCCCAUGGCUUAUGCGACACGCCAAGCUGCAGGUGCCAUCUUGCAAGAUGUUGCUGGUUCAGGAAUCCUGUUUUCCCUCUUAAUGUGUAAACACAAGGUUAUCAGUCUUGUCGGCGCCCAGAAAGCAUCUCUGCAUCCCGAUGAUAUACUGCUACUCUCCAAUUUUAUUAUGUCUUCCGAGUCUUUUAGGACAUCUGAAUCCUUCUCGCCAAUUUGCCUGCCAAGAUACAAUCCGAUGGCAUUUCUUUAUGCUUAUGUGCACUAUUUUGAUAUUGAUACAUACCUUGUCUUACUUACCGCGAGUUCGGAUGCCUUCUAUCAUUUAAAAGACAGCAGAAUUCGAAUCGAAACUGUACUUGUGGAGUCGAAUGUAUUAAGCGAAGUUCAAAGAUCCUUGGUAGACGGUGGUAUGCAUAUUGAGGAUCUGCUUGUGGGUCCCACCUCUCGACCAGGAACUAUUUCUUCUCAUCUCGGUCAACCUCGACUAGCAAUAGAUUCCCCUAAAAGAGGUGCAGAUGGAUUUGCUGGAAUUGGUGGGCCCGCGGGACUCUGGCAUUUCAUGUAUAGAAGUAUCUAUCUUGACCAGUUUGUGUCAUCUGAAUUUUCAUAUCCAAUCAACAGCUUGAGACAGCAAAAGAGAUUAUACAGGGCCUACCAGAAACUAUAUACCUCCAUGCAUGAUAAAGGAAUAGGACCUCACAAAACCCAGUUUAGAAGGGAUGAAAAUUAUGUGUUACUUUGCUGGGUUACACAAGAUUUUGAACUGUAUGCUGCUUUUGAUCCUCUUGCAGACAAGGCUCUUGCUAUUAAGGUAUGCAAUCGGGUUUGCCAAUGGGUGAAAGAUGUUGAGAAUGAAAUAUUCCUGCUAGGGGCGAAUCCUUUUUCAUGGUGAUCCUUGCGAAUAUUUGUGUACAAGUGCACGUAUUUUGUUAAUCUUCCAUUGCGUAAAAUUUUGCCUAAUUUUUCUUUGAAUUGUCGUCUGUGGUUGUAUUCUACUUGGUGGAGCUUCACGUGUCACAUGUAUUUGUUAUAGAGUACGAUUUUCAGAAUUCAGAGCAUAUUAUGAGUAUCUGUAUCUAUCGCUUUUCUUUUU